UCUGCUUAUGCAAUUCAGUCGUCAGUCCCUUUCUAUAAUCAUCCAACCGCAGCUCGUCUUCGCCUAAAGCCCCCUACCCACCUCUCACUGCCCACCGAGACGGCCGAGCCCAGACCGCUCUUUUUUCCCUUUCCCUCUCAGACGGGGGAGUGAAGGGUUGGGACCAAAUAAUACAGAUUGGCUCUAUGGAAGAAAAGGGAAUAGACGAUGCCGCAGCCUGCCUUCAGAAACAAGUGUACUUUCGCACUUGGGAGGAUUUCUACCUUACAUAAACGCACUAAAUCGACCCCGUUUUAAGAAUUCGGAGAUCGACUGGGAAAAAUCGGAGGCAAAGCUCGUAAAACAUCUGUGUCUCCUGUUGGUAACGGGAUUCGGGGAAAAAAGAGCGCAGCAAUCAUAAUUAUUUCUAUCAUUAGUAAGACUGAGCUGGAGAUCCGGACCGUGAAGAAAGAGACUGAUGGGCUAGAAUUUAAAAGGCGCUCCGCCAACGUUCGCGAGUGCAUCUGUUCAAACGAGCCCUGGCGGAAUGAAGCAGCCUUCAACGCCCUGGAUUUAAGUGCAACUUCGCCUCCUUGUUUUACCCGACUCGCCUUUCUUUUCUAAUGAAUUCUAUUAGCUGCCGAGGAGCAUGUCUUCGAGGAAGAUUUCUUCGGAAUCGUUCAGCUCCGUGGGUUCCGAUUACCCGGAGAGUCCCGACGACGGAGAGUGCCCCUUCUCUAGGGUGUUCUGGAACGGAAAAAGCCCCUCGGGGUCCCUAACGUGCCCCUUUGAAGAGGCCAUCGUAAGGAGGGUGCCCCGCAGGAGACGGGUCAACCUCGACUCGCUAGGGGAGAGCCUCAGGAAACUCACCUCGCCAACGACGCCGACCCUCCAGCAAGCCCUUCAGAGAACACUACACUACUAUAAGCAGCAUGUCAUUCGAUACAAUGAAGAUGAAAAGGAACUGGAGAGAAUUUCCAGCAGAUGCCAGUACUUGGAGCGCUCAACUAAUGAGGACAUGGCAGAUGAUAUCUCAGGAAUUCUACAAUGCACCGCUACAUUACUUGGGGUGAGUUUUGAAGAGCUGCGGGAAAGAUUUGGUGAAGAGUUCUUCACCCUGUGCUUUGAAGAGAAUGAACGAGUCCUACGAGCUGUAGGAAGCACUCUGCAAGACUUUUUCAAUGGCUUUGAUGCCCUGUUAGAGCACAUAAGAACUUCGUGUGGCAAGAAGGUUUCAUCAGAGUCCCCUUCCUUUCUAUGCAAAGAACUGUCUGAGGAUAGCUCUCUGAUGCUCCAUUAUUUUCACCCUUUUCCCAUUGUUGGAUUUGCAAUGCCUGGAAUGAUCAAAGCUACUGCCAGCAGGAUUUAUAGCAUGGAGGUUCAGGUUGAGCAGGUUGUCAGUUCUGUGGGAAAAUUGGUUUUAGAUGGAUCAAACCCAGGUAACUCUAACUGCUUGUCAUUUCUCAUCAAGAUCUGCCAACUUCCAGAGCCUUCAAAGAACCCCCCUUUAAAGCUCUCUCGUUCUGCCUCUGACCUGAAGAUUGGCUUAAGUACCUUCUACAGGGCAUUUCCGUUCCAUCUUAUGCUUGAUGCUCACAUGACACUCCUGCAACUUGGAGAAGGGCUCCGAAAACAGAUCAAAUGUGAGGUUCAUCGAUCUUUGAACUUCCAUGAUUGUUUUGAGGUUGUCUCUCCAAAAAUCCCCUGCAACUUCCAAGCAAUUCUCUUGAGGCUGUCCACCCCUUUUGUUAUAAGGACAAAGCCAGAAUCGUCUGAGCUAGGACAUCGAGAAAAAGUGAUGGAAAUCAAAGGACAGAUGAUACAUGUUCCUGAAUCCAGUUCAAUCCUCUUCUUGGGAUCCCCAUGUGUAGACAAACUGGAAGAACUGAUGGGUCGUGGUUUGCAUCUUUCAGACAUUCCCAUUCAUGAUAUGACCAGAGAUGUCAUACUCGUUGGUGAGCAGGCUAGGGCUCAGGAUGGCUUGAAGAAACGUAUGGACAAGCUUAAAGCCACACUUGAAAAGACCCAUCAAGCUCUGGAAGAAGAGAAAAAAAAGACAGUGGAUCUCCUGUACUCAAUCUUCCCUGGAGAUGUGGCACAGCAGCUAUGGCAGGAAAAAACUGUGCAAGCUCGCAAGUUUGAUGAUGUUACUAUGCUGUUUUCAGACAUUGUGGGCUUUACUGCGGUCUGUGCUCAGUGCACUCCCAUGCAAGUGAUCAGUAUGCUGAAUGAACUUUAUACCCGCUUUGAUUAUCAGUGUGGAAUUCUUGACGUUUAUAAGAUAGAGACAAUUGGUGAUGCAUACUGCGUGGCAGGUGGUCUACACAAGAAGAGUGACAGUCAUGCCAAACCUAUUGCCCUGAUGGCCCUCAAAAUGAUGGAACUCUCUGAGGAAGUACUGACACCAGAUGGGAAACCCAUCAAGUUGCGAAUUGGAAUCCAUUCAGGAUCUGUUUUAGCUGGAGUAGUGGGUGUGAAAAUGCCUCGAUAUUGCUUAUUUGGAAACAAUGUCACUCUGGCCAGCAAGUUUGAGUCUGGAAGUCAUCCACGCUGCAUCAACAUUAGUCCAACUACAUACCAGCUACUGAAAGGAGACAAAACCUUUAUCUUUGUUCCUCGGUCACGCCAGGAGCUUCCAGACAAUUUUCCAAAAGAAAUUCCUGGAAUCUGCUUUUUCCUAGAGGCCAGCUCUUCCCAAAAGCUGAGACUUUCAACAAGUGUGUCCAAUCCCGGUGCCACAACAACUCGGAUCAGGAAGAUCUCCUACAAUAUUGGCACCAUGUUCCUCCGAGAGACCAGUUUAUGAGGGACAGUUCAGACUGUAGAGAAACUGGGGGAACUCUGAGAAGUACAUGGCUUCAUAACAGCAGGACUGAAAUUAAGCUCACUUGAUAGUUCAUACAUUAAAAAACAGGUUUUUAAAUUAUACUCAGAGCACUGCAGGUAUUAACUAUUUAUUGUGUAAUUUGGUGCCUUGAACAGUACAUUCAGAGAUUCUUAAUUGCUUGCACAAAUAAGCCAUCCUGGGCCACACUUUCAGAACAUUUGCUUUCUCCUGCAGUUGAACUGUAGCUUUCCUGCUUUCUCUUGUUGUCCUUUUUCCCAGCUUGUCUUCCUACUCUCUCCUAUCCGAACAGAUGCAAUGGGUGGCUUUUUUACCACAGCUCCAUGCCAGCUAGCUCUGUGUCUUUACAGUGGAAUGAUUUGUAUGGAUUUUCUGAUGCAGCAUCCCUUGGUAGCCAUGCUAAUGAUAAAGUGACAUGUGCUAUGACAGCAGCAUCUGACUUCUGCUCCAUAAGUUGAUAGGGCCAAAGCUAAGCAAACAUGGCUGUUCCAUUGAUGCUCUGAGCUUGGUUUAUGUACCAGCCACUAUAAAUACCUAUGGCACAUCCAGAGCUAGACAUAUCCAUCACUGUAAACUUCAUCUAAAGUUCCAUCACCCUACACACGAUUUUCUUUAGUAAAUUAAUAAAAAAGUGAUCUAACCUCAUGGACGUAUUUAGUAAAACAAGUAUAUUCACUACAGUGGUACGGAAUGUGAUUAGCAGUACUUGAUCUCAAGAAAAGGAAAGGAUGCCAGCAACGUAAGCAAUAAGAUAUGAAAGUGUGUAGCUGACACAGUUCUGAUUCAGGCCUGAAAGGAGCUCUUUAGUGGAAGAGAUACUGAACUGUCAGGAACAAAGAAUGAACUGCAUUUAGGAAAAGGUUUUUGACUUCACUUUAUAUUGAUGAAAUUAAUUUGUUUUCCAUUAGCCUAGUUAUUUAUAAUUCUGCUAAACUGUAAAGGGAAAGGUUUGUGCUCCGCCAGCCAAUUAAUUCUACCAGACGUACUUAAAUAUCUGGUAACAACAACCUAACCCUUGCUGUGGCAGGGAGGAUUUAACUGGAGAAAAUGUUUCUUUUUUAAGGUAUGAUUUACACGGAUGUUACUUGUUGAGCAUAAAAUAGGAACAAAGAGAAGUAGAAGGUUUGUGGGAAAAAGAUUCCAGACAUCUCUUGCUUUUACAUAUGAGUACAAAUGAAACAGGCCACUAUAUUCUGUACUCGGGCAAUACCAGCAAAUUAAUCUGUUCAUAGACUACAGAGGUAAAAUGCCAGCCUCGUAAGGUGAUUUAAGCAAUUUCACCUUUUCUCUACCAGCUGUGCAUGUGCUCCUCCAGUCAAUACAGCAACAUUCUUAAUAGGCACAGCAGGAGCGAUACAGAUCCCUUGUGGGGAAAGCAGCAUAUAAGUACUCUCUAUGGGGUGCUUUCCUGUUUCCAGUGCAGCAGACAAACUUAAACAGGCCUUCUAAAUAAUUGAGGAACAACAGUGAAAUGAAAAUGAUUUUCUCAUGGGUGUACACUUUUGAAUGAAUUAUGCAAGACUACCUCUCUAUGCAGUUUUGGGCAGCAAUCCCAAAAAAUAAUUAUUCAUAGGAUGAGUUUGGUAGGUACCAGCGAUCAAAUUUUUAAAAUUACACUAUUGUCAAGAGAGCAGUCUGACCUUCUACUUUUAUACCCUGGAAAAACAGAAUUUACUAGAAGGCCCAAAUAAUUGAAUGGUGUUGUAGAACAAAUAUAACAUACUGUACUUCACUACAGUUUCCAUCCACCUUUCCUGUUAUGGGCCAUAGAGGCAACACAGUUAGAUGGACCAACGGUGAGACUUUAUUAUAACCUCCAGGUACUUGUAAGAAGUUACAGUCACAACCAGGUCAAACAAGAGGUUUAAUCUCUCUAGGUGUUCUGCCUGUGAGUAUUCUGACUACAGAACCAAGCUAACAUAACUGGCUCUUCUUGACUAGGAGAAGCAAUGAUUUUAUUUUAAGCACUUUGCAUAUUGUUUAACUCCUCACACUACCAUGAAGAGUGAGACCGGCUGCUCUAUAAAGAAACCUAAUUCAAGCAGCUUAUAGUAUGGGCCUUUAACACUCAGACAGGGAAUGACAGAGAUACCUGGAGAGUGAUGAUUUGGCUAAACAACCUGCGUAAUCUAAAUCUAAGCAGUGAAUAGUGAUUAGAUAUUUGGGCUAGUCGUGAAUUAUCCGAUAGAAACACACAUUUGCUCAGAAUUGUCACCAGUGUCAAAGUACCAUGGCCCAAAGAUCAUCCAUGCGCUGUGUAGUCAUGGCAAAUGAUUUGAGGCGAAAUGUUCUGAAUUCUUAGUUAUGGUGAGGUGGUGAGGUGCUAAGCUGUCAGCUUAUAGGUUGGCUUAAACAGACUGUGCUUCUGCUGGGCAAACCUGGAAGACUCAAAUAGUUACUGAGGGUGAAACGUGAGUAACUAAUAGAUUUCUCUGAUCAGAUUUAACUUUUACCUCUAAAACUAGUUUUCUUGAAUUUCAGGAGAACUUCAGAAUCAUGGAGGUGACUGCACAGAGCUGUAACCUAAAGUUGGUUGGUGCCUGCCAUGGUGGCAGCCCGAGGGCCUAGUGAAGCUAUUUAUGGCAAAUUAAGCUAACAAGUUAAAUAGAAAAAAAAAAAACAACUGCCAUUCCCGGCAAUUCUUUCAGGAUAGUCUACAGAUUCAAUUAAGAAAGUUGGCCUCCAUGGUAAUGAGUGAGGUGUUAGAUAGGUGUCAGUUUCUGUAUGUAGCCUCCUCAGUGAAGGUAAUUCCUGAUGCAUUGUCUGUAGUUAGAUCCAUUUCUGUGGCUUAGGCCACUACGUGGGAAGUAAGACAGCUACGGACAUGGUUAAGAUCUGACCUGGUUUCAUUUUACGUGUCGAUUUAAUUUUGCUUGGAAGUUAUAAACAGUAAAGGUGGCUCCUGUAUUUAAAAUGGGAGACAAGAGACUGUGUUCCAAUUACUGAAGGAACACAUUUCCCAGCACACAUGGGAAGACUUUUGUCAAGGCACUGGCAAUGGAAACUGAUAGAUAAACCUGGAAGAACAACAAAGGUUUCCAACAAAAGUUUCAUUCUGGCCAUGGAAUUAACGAACCAACUCUUUAUUCUUUUACUGAUAUUUGAUGUGUUAUGUAGAGUUUGCCAAACCCUGCAAAACUGUGGUUUGUAGAUCUGGAGAAGACAUUUUCUUGAAUAUCCCAUGGUGUCUUUUGAAAGGGAAGUUUAUGCUGCAAGACUUGUGUUUGUCUAUUUGGUGUUGUCAAGUCUGUUUAAAGUUGGUGUAGAAAUCUGCAAAGUUUGCUGCUUGUUUUGUGGAAUGAUAUCAGGGUGCAACCAAGGAUUGUUAUGUGGCUAGUUUGAAGGCCUGAGGCUUACAUUUCUACUAAUACCUGGAUGAUGCUUUCAUUGUUACCCUCAUCAAACUCUGAUCUUUGGUAAGCACUAGUGUAGUUUACAGCUAAGUGUUAUAAUAUAAUAAAACUAGAAAAAGGGCCUGGUCACUGCAUUGAGUUAAAAUAUUUUCUUUAUGUUAACAAUGGUUUUCCGUGGGUGCUCCUGUUUCCUUCCUCAUUCCUAAGACGUUUACUGAAUGUUCAGUUAACUUAUUACUCUAAAUUAGCCAGUUGUGGCUGAUUAAAUACGAGUGGGGCUUGUAAUAGACUGGUAUCCCAUUCAGGAUUGAUAUCUGGCCAGUGUUACCAGCAAAGACUCCAACUCCUUACAAACCUGUCAUGAAAAAUGCAGGUUCCAAAGCAAAAAUAUUUUAUUAUAAUAAUUAUAUAAUAUUAUAUGGGCUGAGGUGAUGAUGUGAUAACAUAUAAGAACCUGCUUAUUCUAUUGCUGACCCUCAAGAAAUUUUUAGGCUAACCUGAUCGAAUAAAGGGCAAGGAAGGAAGAUGCCCAAGGACGGGGUGCCAGUCCAUCACAGAGCACAUUCUUAAAACAUAUGUUCUUGCACACAACACAUAGCUGACAGAGGUUUGAUGUGAAUCCAGUCCUCUAGCUGUGAGUCACCAUCAAUUAUAUUUUCUGUUCAACCAGCUUCUAACCCACCUAUCCAGUUCAGAGUAGUGGGAACAGGGGUCUCAUGCAUAACGGCAUGCGUAGAAUUCACACUAUAUAUAUGGCAUAUGGACAAAAGCAGAAAUGUGCGCACGCACAAAAAAAUCCAGUUGUAUGAAUCUAUGUGUACGCCAACUUUCACGUUCUACCGCUAAAUAAAUCCCGGUCAGCGUGAAAAGUAACACAUGUGCACACGCGUGCCGCCACUCCCCAACUCCUCCCAGAAU